CCUCCUGGCCGACCAGGACAGAAGGGGACCAUGGGGCCAGUUGGCCCUGUGUCUUCUGGGCCUCCGGGCCCUCCAGGAGAGAAGGGGGCCAUGGGGCCAGGAGGUCCUCGGUCUGCCGGGCCUUCUGGGCCUCCUGGCCCUCCAGGAGAGAAAGGGGCUAGGGGGCCAGUUGGUCCUCGGUCUGCCGGGCCUUCUGGGCCUCCUGGCCCUCCAGGAGAGAAGGGGGCCAUGGGGCCAACUGGCCCUCGGUCUGCCGGACCUUCUGGGCCUCCUGGCCCUCCAGGAGAGAAGGGGGCUAGGGGGCCAGUUGGCCCUCGGUGCGUCGGACCUCCUGGUCCUCCGGGACAGAAGGGAGCCAUGGGACCAGAUGGCCUUUGGUCUGUCGGGCCAGCUGGUCCUCCGGGAGAGAAGGGGGCCAGCGGGCCGAUUGGCCGCCCGGGACAAAAGGGUGGAAUAGGACCAAUUGGGCCUCCAUGUCUGGUGGGAUCUACAGCAUUUGUUGCAGCUUGUCCCAAAAGAAGUUAUCAACAGUGGCGUGGAAUCUGCUACAAGGCAUUCGACACUCAAAAGAAUUUCAGAGAUGCAAGCGCGACCUGCCGUCAAGAUGGCGGCACCCUCGCCAUGCCCCGAGACGCUGAGACCAACGCUUUCCUGAUGUCCCUGAUUAAGACCACUAGUGGCAUUGACGGCGGAUUCUGGCUCGGCCUCACUGAUGAACGCAAGGAAGGAGUGUUUGAGUGGGUGGACGGCACUCCCCUUGGAGCCUACACCCAGUGGGGUCCAGGAGAACCACCUAAAAACCACAUGUACGCCGAACUUGAAGACUGCGUUUACAUGACGAAGAGUGGAAAGUGGGCCGACAUCCGCUGCAUUUACCUGGCUUACUUCAUGUGCCAAGUUAUCCCAG